AUGGGGCCACCACGCCCCAUAUCGAUGAUUCAAGCCGUUAAAUGGGUAGAGCGCGUCAAGCAUGAAUUAAUCAACGAGCUCUACACAUUGAACGAUUCGGAUCAUCAAAACGAUUCGGAUCAUCAAAACAGGAUCUGUAGUGGGCCCCAUGGGCCAAACAAUACACUCCGGGCUGGAGAGAAGCCUCUCCCAUUAUAUAAAGCAAAGGCUUCUGUUGGUGUCCUGAACCCUUUGUCUCUCAUUAUGGCAAGAGAAAGCAUAUUAGAUGCCAUAUUUGAUGGGGAUAACUUGGAAGAUGCCCAAGAUGUUGAGAUGAUGGAGGUAGAAGAAGGAGAGUUGGUGGGGCAGGAUUCUCAAACUGAAUUGGGACAAAACAUCGGUGGAGACGUUCACCCAGUAAAUCAAGAAACUAGCAAUAACAAUCGCAGACGUAGGAAUAAGAAGAAGAAGAGCAAGAAAAAGAAAGGCAGUUCAGGGCCAAAUGUGACAGAUAUCAACAUGUUUGUUUCAGAUGUUUGUAAACACUUGAACGAGAAAAAAAUGUAUCUGAUGUACACUGCUGUGGGUUGCCUGGGUGUGUCUGCUUUGAGUGACCUUGUCAAAGAGGUGGAUGCAAUUCAAGCUUGUGGAGGUCAGAAGACUGCCAAUGGAAGACACUUUAGAAAUGGUGGUGGCAUAUUAUGGAGUGUCCUGAAAACACGAGACCGGAAUGCAUUUGAAGAGAUAAUGAAGAAAGGGAAGGAGUUUGAGAAGCAAUUCAAACCGCAAAACAUCAGGCAAGGCCCGGUGCAGAAUAAGGAAAUAUCUCCUGAAAGAAUGAGUCACACAUCCACAGAUCGGACUAUGAGAGCUUCAGAUGGUUCAUGGUUAGUUCCCCAUGUGCAAAACCAACUUCAACAGUCUAAUGUUGAAGGGAAACAUGUAUCUGUUUAUGAUAGAAUGAGGGUGCCGGUUUCAUAUGAUGACUUGCUUGGAGAGGAGGAUCCGAAAGACAAAUCAAUUUGAUGUGGGAUGAACUGCAUGCUUCUGUGGCUUGAAUGGUGGUUAUGAUAAUUUGGUUCUCGAUUUGAAAAUCUUUUUCAGCAUUCUCUUUCUCGGCUACUAAGGUAACAGGACACAUGUCCAUUACUCAUUUUUUUGAAGAUGACUUUUGUUUAUCUUCCAGCAAAGGAUGAAAGGGAAAGGCGAAAAAAAGAAA